GGGGAGGGCCCUGGAGGGAGUGCUGCGGGAGCAGGAGGGGCAGCUCCUAUAGGCAGCCUGACUCCUGUGGUGAGCCCACUGCCACCGCCACCGCCACAUUGCCCUGGGGCAGUCCUGCAUGUCCAGCCCUACAAAGCGGCAGCAUCCCAAGGGCCGCAUGGGACCUCUCCAGGUGGAGCAGGGAGCAUGCCUCUUAAAUUAGUGGGGAAGGCUCUGCUCAAGGGCUCCGCCAGGGUCACCCCGAGUGUCCAGCCCCACCUCCAGCCCAUCAGAAACAUGAGUGUGAGCCGGACCAUGGAGGACAGCUGUGAGCUGGACCUGGUGUACGUCACAGAGAGGAUCAUCGCUGUCUCCUUCCCCAGCACAGCCAAUGAGGAGAACUUCCGGAGCAACCUCCGUGAGGUGGCCCAGAUGCUCAAGUCCAAACAUGGAGGCAACUACCUGCUGUUCAACCUCUCUGAGCGGAGACCUGACAUCACGAAGCUCCAUGCCAAGGUACUGGAAUUUGGCUGGCCCGAUCUCCACACCCCAGCCCUGGAGAAGAUCUGCAGCAUCUGUAAGGCCAUGGACACAUGGCUCAACGCAGACCCCCACAAUGUUGUUGUUCUACACAACAAGGGAAACCGAGGCAGGAUAGGAGUUGUCAUCGCGGCUUACAUGCACUACAGCAACAUUUCUGCCAGCGCCGACCAGGCUCUGGACCGGUUUGCAAUGAAGCGGUUCUAUGAGGAUAAGAUUGUGCCCAUUGGCCAGCCAUCCCAAAGAAGGUAUGUGCAUUACUUCAGCGGCCUGCUCUCCGGCUCCAUCAAAAUGAACAACAAGCCCUUGUUUCUGCACCACGUGAUCAUGCACGGCAUCCCCAACUUUGAGUCUAAAGGAGGAUGUCGGCCAUUUCUCCGCAUCUACCAGGCCAUGCAACCUGUGUACACAUCUGGCAUCUACAACAUCCCAGGAGACAGCCAGACUAGCGUCUGCAUCACCAUCGAGCCAGGACUGCUCUUGAAGGGAGACAUCUUGCUGAAGUGCUACCACAAGAAGUUCCGAAGCCCAGCCCGAGACGUCAUCUUCCGUGUGCAGUUCCACACCUGUGCCAUCCAUGACCUGGGGGUUGUCUUUGGGAAGGAGGACCUUGAUGAUGCUUUCAAAGAUGAUCGAUUUCCAGAGUAUGGUAAAGUGGAGUUUGUAUUUUCUUAUGGACCAGAGAAAAUUCAAGGCAUGGAGCACCUGGAGAACGGGCCGAGCGUGUCUGUGGACUAUAACACCUCUGACCCCCUCAUCCGCUGGGACUCCUACGACAACUUCAGUGGGCAUCGAGAUGACGGCAUGGAGGGGACCCAGCACCCUUGGAUUGGCCAAGACACCCGACCAGGCCCCUCCGACCCCCGAGGCUGCUCCUGAAAAGCACUCCUCCAUCCCCUGGUGCUGAGCGGCCAAAAGCAGAGGCUGGAAUGAAUUUGUUCUGAGGUCUCAGUGGCUGCCAGCCUACUUGGUCGUUGUGCUGGGGAUGUUUGCAUUUUUAACAAGAACACUUGGCAGUUGGAAAGAA